AUGCAGCUCCUCGUGGGCUUGCUGCUUGCAGCCGUGGCUGCUCGAGCACAUUACACAUUUCCCAGACUCGUGGUAAAUGGGCAGCCCGAGGACAAGGACUGGUCGGUUACGCGCAUGACCAAGAACGCGCAGAGCAAGCAGGGAGUCCAGGACCCGACCAGUCCCGACAUUCGCUGCUACACGUCGCAGACGGCGCCUAACGUGGCUACGGUCCCUGCCGGAGCCACCGUCCAUUACAUAUCGACUCAGCAGAUCAACCACCCGGGCCCGACGCAGUACUACCUCGCCAAGGUACCGGCGGGGUCGUCGGCCAAGACGUGGGACGGGUCAGGGGCCGUCUGGUUCAAGAUCUCGACCACCAUGCCUUACUUGGACAACAACAAGCAGCUUGUCUGGCCGAAUCAGAACACGUACACGACGGUCAACACGACCAUCCCCGCCGAUACGCCCAGUGGGGAAUACCUCCUCCGGGUCGAGCAGAUCGCGCUGCACCUGGCCUCGCAGCCCAACGGGGCUCAGUUCUACCUGGCCUGCUCGCAGAUCCAGAUUACGGGCGGCGGCAACGGCACGCCCGGCCCGCUAGUCGCGUUGCCGGGGGCGUACAAGAGCAACGACCCGGGCAUUUUGGUCAACAUCUACUCUAUGCAGCCCGGCGAUUACAAGCCGCCCGGGCCGCCGGUGUGGAGUGGCUGA